AUGUAUCAUGCCAUUAAAGAAUGGGGUGGAACUCCUUUUGGCUUUAUUGAUGAUGUGACUAUUACCGUUGAAGGUAAAAUUGAAGAAAAUACCAAAAGCUUAAGCAACAUAUUAGAAAAAUGUUGUAAUUGGGCUAAAUCAAGAAUGACCAAAAUUGAUUUGGGUGAUAAAUUAGGUUUUAUUCAUUUUACAAAAAAUGUGAAACCUAAAGAUGAAAAAGUGCAACUUACUUUACCUAAUGGAGAACUUCGUGAACCCCAGAAGGAAGUUAAAUUGCUUGGAAUUACUUUGAACAAUCUGCUUGAUUUUAAAUCUCAUAUUUUGAAUAAAAUCAAUAAAGCAAGAAAAGCUGUUGGUGCUAUUUGGCAUCUUGGUGGCGUGCAAAAAGGUAUGCGAGGGUCUGCAGUCAGAUCACUGUAUAUUUCUUGCGUGAGACCAAUUGUCGAAUAUGGCUUAGAAAUUUGGCAUCACAAAAUUUUGAAAGGAGAAAUCCACAAGUUGGAAGUAAUGCAGAAUAUGGCUUUAAGAAGAAUUGUUGGUGCUUAUCGCACAACUCCUAUUGCGGUACUACAAAAGGAAGCUGGUAUUAUGCCAUAUAGUAUUAGGCUAAAAUUUAUGGUGGCACGAAAAGCUAUUCGUUUACACCUAAAUAUUAGCAAAACUAAUCCUAUUAAUGGUCAUUUGUUAACAUUGAUUGAGAAAUCUCCAAUUGCAAAGCUAACCACGCUUUACAUGUUGGCGAAAGAUGAUAGAGACUAUAUGAUUAAAAAGGAUGAAAAACGAAAAUGCAAGAGGGUUGAACCUCUUACACUGAAACAACAACAAAAUCAGACGAUUGGAAUUUUGAAGAAACAAGCAAUGGAAGAAUGGUAA